AACAACGGCGAUAGUAUGUCCGAAUAUCUGGGGCUGUCAUGAUACGUAUGACCUAUUUUUUCCAAAGACGCGCCCGCGCUGCGACUCUGGCUCACCCAUGUUUUAUCCAUUUUCACCCCAUUGCAUCCUCCUACCAUGUCUUCCAAGCACGUAUACGGUAUUUCUUGCAUCAAUGUCGGUGUUGGUCCAGGUGGAACCACCUCCAUGCUAGCACGGAUCGCCAUCGUCGACUACCAAGGCCAGGUCGUUCUCGACACGUAUGUCGCACCGACAAUGCGAAUCACCGAGUACCGUACUACGACCACCGGCAUUGAAGCCGCACACCUGUCUUCAAAGAACGCUAUGCCUUUCAAUAAUGUCCAGCAGCUCGUCGCCAGCAUAAUCAAAGGCCAUGUGCUUGUCGGACACAGUAUUUGGAAUGAUCUCUCAGUAUUAGGCAUACCGCAUCCCGCAGUGGAUACCCGCGACGUAGCUCUCUACCAGCCCUUUAGAAACACGCUGCGGUCUCCCAACCACAUAAUCGGGCUUCAAACUCUGUCGUGGCAAUUGAUGCGUCGGCGGUGCCAGGAAGGUCAUCUUAAUCCUCUUGAAAACGCUAGGGCUGCUCUCGAUCUUUACCGUACUCAUGCGCAAGGCUGGGAGGAUGCAAUCUCCAAUGGCAACUGGCCGUGCGCGCUUCCGCCAAGCACUUUUUCACGUUGUUACCUUUAGAUAUUAGUACAGGCCUAUCGGCCCCCCGCCUCUUGAUUGAUUCGGAGUCCCCCCCUUUCCCUACCCUUUAAUACCGCCGCAUUAUUGUACUUGUGUUUUAACUGUCGUAUCUUACC